CUCGAGUUCUCAGCAUCUUCGCUCUCUCUCUCUUUUAGAAGCUUCCAGUUCCCCCCUUUUUCCCCGUCCUUCUUCAACUCAAAUUCCUCUCUCAAACAGAAAUGACUCAGAUGUCGAAUCCAAACCUUAACUGCAACAACUGUACGAAAACCGUCAAAUUCCUCUACAGUUACGACGGCCAGAUCCUCCCACGCCGGAACGACGGCGUUCUGCGCUACGUCGGAGGUUGCACCCGCGUUCUCUCCGUCGACCGCUCCGUUACCUUUGCCGAAUUGAUGGUGAAAUUCGGGGAAUUAUGUGGAACGUCGAUGAAUUUGAAGUGUAAGUUGCCUAAUGAGGAUCUAGACGUGUUAAUUUCUGUUAAAUCGGAUGAAGACCUUGCGAAUUUGAUCAACGAGUACGACCGGUUCUCGGAGGCGUGUAAGAAGGAAAUGAAGAUUCGAGCGGUUUUAUUUCCGGUUCAGUCGCUCAAAAAGAUAUCUCCGCCGUCAUCGCCGAUGCUCUGCGACGGUUCUGUUACUGCCAAGGUGAAAUUUCAGUCCGCCAGAGCAGUACAGAGGAGUAUUCAGCAUUUUCCGUCGAAUUGGUUGGAAUCGAAGCCGGUGAGCUUUUUGUGGCCCGCCGGCGUACGGAAUGCGGCGGGGAAUGCUCGCUGCUGUCCACAUGGAAGCCCUGGGCGGCGGCAAUACUUACUGCCUUACUCAAAUUACUGCCAAUAAAAGUCAACACCGUACUCAAAAGGAAGAAAAAAAAAAAUUCAAGCUGGAUAGAACUGAUAGACGCAGAAUUAGAAAAGAAGUAUACGCUUAAGAACAUAGACAUAUUAGAUAUUACUCAUUUCUUUUCUUCUUUUUUUUUUUUUUUCCUUUUCUUUUGAAAGCUUAAAGAGCCUGGUUUUGAAAUUGCUUCAGCAGAAAAGGGUGUUUUUUUCCGGGUCCCCUUAAUUUUGGAUGGUCUCUGUUGUUGUGAUGAAUUGUGGAUACGCGGAACAAUUCUGUUGUUCGUCAUCCAACCAAAGAUCGAUUCAAUUUCUCUGCUGUUAUUGCAUUUUCUGCAGAAAAGAGAAAUAAAAAGUGAAUAAAUAACAGAUUUAGCCGUUAGGGUUACGUCAAUUGCCGUUUAUCCCCUGUUCGUUAGUGAAUUUUGUCAUUUGGGGGAAUCUCUUCUGAAUAGAGUUCGUGCGUGGUUUUGUCGCCGUCUGAUUAUGAUGCCGUGUGUUGCCGUCACCGUCGCGUGAAAUCCUCGUGGGUUAGUCAGAAAUGACUUUGGUUCUUUGAAUACUAAUUGGAUUCUUUUUGUAUUUUCUUUCUUUUUGUUAUUUUGGGAAUUUGAUUCAGGUUCAUUUGAUGGUUUUUAACAGGUUGCAUCUUGAUUUCCUUCUGCAGGUCCGCAAUGGUGAAAGAUGUGGUUAUGGUAAUGGAAGUGAAACAGAUUCCGUUUCCUCUCUGUUAUGCCCAUGAACAUUAUCUGGUUGAGAAGCAGUUGUUAGGAAAAUCAGAAAAGAAAAACUGACAUUAUCUGUGGGAGUUCUGGGAAGAACAGGGAUGGGAGUAAUGAUGAUGGAUGAUAAUUUGGUUUGGCCUUUUUCUUGGGAGCAGUUCAUCCUUAUUUCAUUUUUUUUUCUUUUUUUAUCAACAACAAAAACAAAAUAUCCGCUGACAACUAUAUUAAAUAAUGGUAAAUUAUUACAAUGCUUGCAAAAUAGGAUUGUGAGUUUAGGAAAAGUAGAAGAAAAAAUUAUUCAAUACAGUCGUCUUACCAGAUGAUAUAAACAUAAGACAAAGGCAUAAAAAAACGAUAAAUCAUAAUUUUUGGUGAGUGGUUUAAAACUAAUUAGUCAUAUGUCUCUAUAACAAAUAUUUCAUCAUUUUAUUUAAUAAUUAUUUUAUUGUAUUAUUUCAGUCCAAUCAGUUUAACCGAAGAAAAUAAAUAAUUUUAAUAUAUGCCGUAAAAGUUACAUAGCCCUUUCACAACCGUGGACGUCUACCUGGACUUGGGACUUCUUCUCUAAGUUAUUACACGUUAACAUACUGAAAUUGUCGGAAUGAUGUGAACAUAGGUUGAUUUUUAAGUGAUGAUUAAGAACGAGAAGUCGGUUGAGUAAACAAAAUUGAUAGGAAAAGGAAACCUCCUGCUAACUGCUAAGCGCUAACAUAUUGAAAAUGAAAAUGGAAGUGAAGUUCUUCUUGAUAGGCUGGAUGUUUUGGAGGGUUAUUGACUGCUCGGAAGAAAAAACUUGAAAGAGUUGGGAAGUUCCUUUGCCUAACCCAGAAAAAGAUUACACGUUCAAAACACGGAGCCAUAAUAUUGGCUGCCAAGGAUUGAACAAUCCCAAAAUAUUCCAUCAACAAAGUGAUAACAAUUUUGAAAGAAAACGUUAGAAAAGGGAACAGAUUAUUUUAUUAUGUGUCCGCACCGUUUUGAUUCUUUUCCAAACAAAAGAAAAUUGAGACAUUGACGUUUUAUAACAUACUCCCUCGAGUUUCUAUUAUAAGAUAUUUUUCUAAUUGAAAAUAAAAUUUUAUAAAAAUAUUUUCAUAUUUUAUUUUGUUCUUCUUAUUAUUAUUAAAUAUUUUUAAGAUUUUAU